AGCCAGGCUAGCUUGCAUUGGCCUUUAUAACAACUUCUUUGUUCAUGUUAUGCAGUGUGCUUGGAUAAGUGGCACAGAAUGAUGGGUUCAAAUCAUUUCUUUUCAUAACGCCCACUGCUGUAAAGUCGUUUGCAGCACCAUAAAGGAUUCAGAAUGGCCCUCCCAAAUUUGCGGGGUGGCACAGUAGUAGCCUCCCCUGUGCCUCAUAAAUCAAAACCCACUCCAAGUACCCCAAGUGGUUCUGAAAAGCCGGAAAAGGGUUCUACUCCCUUCCUGCCGUCUCCUCAUGGACACCCAAAUUUCAACCCCACAAAAUCACGUGGCACGAGUUCGUCCAGCAAAAGUUCUGGACAGUCUGAAGGGCGGUUGCCAAAACCCCCCAAACCCCCAGACAAGCCACUUAUGCCUUACAUGCGUUAUAGCAGAAAGGUAAUCGGAAAGGUUUGGGAGCAAGUGAAGGCCCAAAACCCGGACCUGAAGCUGUGGGAGAUCGGCAAGAUCAUCGGUCAGAUGUGGCGAGAUCUCUCAGACCACGACAAGCAAGAGUUUCAGGAAGAGUACGAGGUGGAGAAGGCUCAGUAUACAGAGGCACUCAAAGCCUAUCACAACUCGCCAGCUUAUCAAGCUUGGAUUGCAGCAAAAGCGGAGAGAGAAGCUGUGGACGAAGAUGAGCCCGUGACAAGGCCAGAGCGACCUCCCCCCACCACCCACAAACCUAGUUCAAAAGGAGAAGGAUCUCGUAUCAGCAUCUUACCGACAGAUGAUGAAGAUGAUUUUGAAGAGAGUUUCACCACGAAACACAUUGCCCAGGCACGCUAUCUGCGCAAUCACCGACUCAUCAACGAGAUCUUCAGCGAUGCGGUGGUGCCUGAUGUGCGCAGCGUGGUCACUGAGGCCAGAAUGAGUGUGCUCAAGAGACAAGUCCAGUCCCUCACCAUGCAUCAGAAAAAGCUGGAGGGAGAACUGCAUCAGAUAGAGGAGAAGCAUGAGCUGAAAAAGAAAAAGUUCAUGGAGUCUAGUGAGGGCUUCCAUGUGGAUUUGAAAAAGUUAUGCGAGAGCAAGCCACAGAUCACGGAGGACAUGUUCAACAACAUGGUGACCAAAGCCGUGAAGGAGGAAACGAGGCAGCGACAGCAACAGCUUCUGGCCCAGCAGCAAGAGGAGGAGAGGAAGAAACAGCAGCCGCAGCAACAGACACAGCCACAGCAACAGCAGCAGCAGCAGCAGCAGAAUCCCGUCGAUGAGGAGGCCGUCAAAUCAGAAGUAGAGGCGGCGGGGGCGACAAUGGUCGGGACUCCGCCGGACUCUGGGAUGCCUCCCGUACCGGGACCCGAGCCCAUGGAGGUGGACAAAGAUGCAGAAGCAGCAGGAGCCCCUCAAGUAAAUGGUAAUGAUUCUCAGGUUUCCAUGCCCCAGGUGGCUGCUCCAGUCGUGCUCAAAGCAGAGAGCCUGCCCCCCAUGGCCGCCACACCGAGCCCUCCCCCUGUUCUCCCCGCCGUGGUGGCGGCCGAGGAGGGUUCAACCCAGGUGCCCACCACCACCACGCCAGAAAAGAGCAGCAUCGGCUCCCCGAGCACGCCCAGCACGGCCGGUUCUGAGAGAGAAUGGAAUGGAGAGAAGGAUGCUGGAACUUGGAAGCCGAAAGAGAAGCAGACAGGAAAAGUGAAGAAAGUGAAGACUCCAGGAGCACCGUCAGGCAAACGGGACAAAAUUGAGAAGAGCGACAAGAACUCGCGCAAAUUUAUCUGCGACGUGUGCCAGAAGGCGUUCAAGCAGCGCCACCACCUGACGGAACACAAGCGGCUGCACAGCGGAGAGAAACCCUUCCGCUGCUCGUACUGCGACAAGCGCUUCUCCCACUCGGGCUCCUACAGCCAGCAUAUGAAGCACCGCUGUAAGUACAUCGAAACUGCCAUGCCCAAAGACGAGGAGGAGGCUUUGGCGCUGGUUGGAAGCUUGCAGCCUGAACAGAGUCCGUGAGAGGGGGGAAUUUUUUACCCCUUUCCUCUCCCACGCACCCGCCUUCCCCCAAAGUGUCUUGGUGUCUUGCAGCCCGUCAAAAUGAGGCUGAGUUCCGUGAAGAUUGUCGUAAAAAAUCAGCCCUGAGAGUCAAGUUAUGGUGCUUAUUUCAUAUUUAAUAUAAUAAAACUAUAGGAACAUUGUAUGUUUGUGGAAAUAAUCUUUCAACAGGUCUUUGACUUUGAAAACUGUACUGAAGUAGAAUGGAGUGUUGGAGCCGUGCCACACCCUACUGUCUACAUACACUUCUCUUUUACCUUAAGUUUCACUAGUCUCCCCCCCUCAUCUGAUAUGCUCACUUUUGUUUCUUUGAAGCAAAAGGGGUCGCAAAAGAGUCAUCCCUUCCAUGUCUGACCACUCUUUUUGUAGGCAAUAUCGUCCUUAUUUUUACAAUUUUGUUAAGUCCAUGUUAAAGUUAGAAUUUAUGGCAAAAUGCUACUUACCAUUUUUUUCCCCUGUGUCGAGGUCUGCUGUUGUAAUUUGAAUGUAUUUUUUUUUAAUGGAUUGUUUACAGAAGUGAAUGCUUUUUCGUAUUGUAGAAAAUAGGUCAAUAUAUAUAUGUACUCAUUGGUGACUCAAAAAGCAACGAUUUUCUUCAUGAAUCUGAAGUUCGGAAAUUGUCUGGAUUUUUGCAUUUUAUAUAAGAAUAAGUUUGAUACAAGAUGUAUUAGACGGUAUGAUCCAUAAAUUUUGAGUCCUUGUGCACACGCGUCCCCGGAGUACAAGAAGUUCAGGAUAUUUACUUGUGGCUACUUGGCACCUCUGGUGACUACAGAUACCACAUAGGUCGUCACUUUGUGCUGGGAGUCACCACCGUAAAGCUCGGAAAUUAACCAUAGCCUCGUGAACUCGGUGCUACUUUUAAAAACUGAAAUUUCUAUGAAAGGGCCAAAUCAAAAUUUAUGCAUAUGAAGAGCUGCGCUUUGCUGCACUCUCGUGUUUCCUCUGUAUACAGAACUAUUAUACAGAACUAUCAAUGUAGUUCUGAACUAUAGUCUAGUCUAGUAACGUUUGUUGAGGUUGCCUGUCUGGUCCCUCAGUUUGGUCCAAUUCCGUCUAAAUGAGGUAGCCGUUCGCUUUGGUCUAGUUAUGUUUAUUCAGGUAGCUCUUUACUUUGGUAAGUUGUGUCUUUUGACUUGGCCCGUAACUUUGGUGUAGUUUUCUAGUUGCGUCUUGAGGUGGCCUUUCGCUUUGGUCCGGUAAGAUGUAUUGACUUGGCUCAUAAUUUUGGUCUUGUUGUAUCUAUUUACGUAGCCUGUAAGCAGUGAGUUACCACGCUAGUCAUUUACAUCAUCACAUUGUUUUUUGGAAGUAAGGUAAGAAUCUAGUCAGUUCUGUGACUUGUUCUUGUCAUGAUAGUCGUCGUUUUUUUAAGGGGUCUGUUAAAUAUUUUGAGAACAAAUUUUUUUGCUGUGGUGCUGUGACAAAAUUUAUAUAUAGAUCUAUAUGUGGACCGUACUUAAAAAAUUUUUUUUUUUGACUUAGUGGAAUUUUGUCUUGAAUAAUCUGAUAUUAAAUGAUUUAUAUUUCAGUGAGGCUGAAAGUUUUGUUUUAGAUUGCUACUUUGUCCAUCCAUUUUUUUUUUAGUUAAACAAAAAAAAACCCACCCAGCCUCCUCUUUUCUAUAGAGGCAUAAGACUUGACUGAGGCUGCCUAAGCACUAUUUUCUUUUUUCAUGUUCUGUGAAAUUCUAUUCAUUUCUGAAAUUUAUUGAUGUUUUAUUUUUAUGUAAAAGCAAUGAUAACAAUCGUUGUAUUUUUAAGUUUGUUGUCAUGACUGCAAGAAUCUCAGGCCUGCAAUAUCAAAGAAAUUUUUGUGAGCUGCCUCUUUUUAUUCUUUAUUUGCUUUUCAGGUAAAGUCAGACAGAGACUAAAAUAUUUGAUGCUGAAAAUGGUUGAAAAAUGAUGCUGAAGAACAAAGUACUUGUAUAAUACAAUUUUUAUUUAGUGCCUUAACACCCUUUUACUGCUGAUAUUGAGGAAAAAAAUGUAUGAUAUACUUGUAUGCAAAUGUAUUUUCAUUUACACAUAUCGACAAGGAAUGAUUGUACAAUGUGAUUUUGCUGUUGCCCAGUUGUUGUUUUUUUGUGGUUAACGUUUUGCCUUUUGAGAAAGUGUUAUGUGGUCAGCCAACUGUUUAGAUGUACCAAGCCCCGAAAGCAAAUUUUUCCGGAGGGAGAAAAGAAAAACCUUUUUCAUUCUUUUAGCAUUUUACCUUCAUUAUGUGUCUUUUUUUGUUGUUGCUUUUUUCAAUGUUUAGAUUUUGCUUUUUGAUAACAUAUUUCUGGAGCACAUGUAACUAAUACCACAGUUUAAGAAACUCGUUUUUUAAAUAUUUUUUUAUGUGUAAAAUGUUGGGCCUAGUACAUCUAAACAACUGGCUGAAGAUAUUUACACGUCUUUUCAUCUCUAUGCCACUCCAUGUCAAAAGUCAGAGAAGCAAGUGAACAAAUGUACAGUUAAAAUCGUCCGAGACCGCGUCCCAUUGUUGAGGAGAAAAGUGCAUCUUGGAUAGAUAGUCCCUCUUGGACAGAGUCAUUAUGAUCUAUAUUUAUUAUAUUUGUGAAAGUUUGUCACUUUGGUCACCUAAAACUUCUGAGCGACCCAACUUUCGAAUUUAAAAAAAAAUGAACGGUGGUUCAGAUUCAUUUAAAGGGUGCACAGUUAUAUUAAGGACUCUGAAGUCACUGUAUUUUCAGUUUUUCAUUUUGUUUUAUUUAGAUCUAAUCUUGGGAAAGUCCGUCUUCUAAGACGCCUUUGUAAACAAGUGAGGCUUCCGUUCACAAGCAGUGCGCGCUGAUUCCACAAUGAUUUGACGAUUGAUUCUUUUGAGUCCGUUCAUUGAGCGGGUAUCCAGCUAGUUAUAAUAUCAUAGAAAAA